AUGUCUAUAAAAUUGUAUUUGGGAUUUAAUAAAUUAGGAUAUGAAGGAUCGAAGUACUUAACGAAUUGUCUUGGAAAUAAUCGAACAAUAAAAUUAAUGAAUUUAGAAAAUAAUCAAAUCAGUGAUCGAGGAAUCGAAUAUUUUCAUGAUUUUCUUCAAUUAAAUCAAACAUUGACAACACUUGAUCUUUCUCUUAAUGAUAUUGGAGUUAAAGGAGCAAAAUCUCUUUCAAAUAUACUUUUCCAAAACAAAACAAUAACAACAUUAAAUCUAAAUUUUAAUCAUAUCGGUGUCCAAGGAAUUCAAUCAAUUGCAAUGUCUCUCAGCAAAAAUCAAACACUUUUAACAUUACAAUUGAAACAUAAUCAAAUAUUCGAUCAAGGUACAUUUUUCAUUGCCGAUGCUUUAAUGAAAAAUCAUACACUCACUGUACUUCAUCUCGAAGAAAAUUCUAUUGGAAUCGAAGGUGCACAAUAUUUAGCAAAUGCUUUAAAACAAAAUCAAACAUUAAUUGAACUUCAUCUUGGAAUGAAUUCAAUUGAAUUUCAAGGAGUAAAAUACUUUGUUAAAGCUCUUUUAAUCAAUCAAACAUUGAAAGAAUUAUAUUUCGAAAAGAAUAACAUUGGUUUGAAAGGAAUUCAAGCAUUUACAGAACUUUUACGAAAGAAUCAAACAUUAAGUACACUUGAUUUGUCUAAUAAUGGAAUAACUGAUCGAGGAAUUGAAUGUUUGAUUUCUAUGCUUGCAGAAAAUCAAGCAUUAACAACACUAAAUCUUCGAUCAAACUACAUUACUGUUCAUGGAGCAAUGCAUUUUUUUCAAAAUUUACGAGAUAAUUAUGUUUUGAAUACAAUUGAUCUUUCUGAUAAUCGAAUCGUUACCGAUGGCCAUGAACAUUUUUUAAGUGUUUACGAAAAUAUUCGAAAUCUUAAUGUUAUAUUUUAA